CGGACAACCAUGGCUCCGGGACGCUCGCUUUUCAAAGUCCUCGGCAUUGGUGCCGGGCGACCCUGGCGCUCUGCCUCGACCAUCACCGCGCGCAAGCCCAAGCCGGCAGACCCAGGACGACGGUCGUUGUGCGACCUACCUGAUGAGAUCAUCAUGUUGAUCAUCCAACACGUGCAAGAUAUCAGCCCCGGAACCGUCGUUGUCCUGGCUUCGGCGAGCUCGCUCGUCUACACCAAGGCCCGCUACGUCCAACACCGGCACGUCGCCAUCAGUCUCAAGUUGAGCAAGGCCAAGAAUGAGAUUGCCUUCCUGAAAUACCUCUCCUCCAACGGCUUGUUGCCCGCCAUCCGCUCCCUUCGGUUUGUCGAGCUCGCCGACACCGAGCAGAAGGGCUACCAGUUUCCGACGCCUCUGUACGGCCUGAUCGACCAGAUGACUGGCCUCCUUGAUAUCCACUUGGACGCAUUCUGCUACCCCGUCCCCGCAUCACUACUCGAGAAUCUGAAAGGGCGUACUCGAGUCCGACUUCAUUUUUCUGUCACGACCUUCAAUGAGCAGACCGCAGCCAUUGUAGCCCGCGAAUUCACCAAUCUGACAGGCAGCCCGAAUCUUUAUUCACUUCGGGCCGACAUCCAGUACAUCCCCGCCAAGCAAUGCAUACAGACGACUCGGCCAUUGAAACAACUUUUAUUAUCAUGUCUCAACCUGCGCAAGCUCUCCCUUGACAUUUACAGGCAGCGCGAGGGCUGCCUACGGUAUGAACCUUGCGUCGAGUACUGCGGCCUUGGUCUGGUGGGCGAUGAGCAGUUGCCUCCAUUCGAGGAACUCGUUCUCCUCGAAUACCCCUGGGGCCGUGAUGGGAGUUCUGGCUUCCCAUGGGGUGUCAAAGGGUAUCCCGGCAAGAAAGAUGAAGUCGAGCAAGACUACUGGGCCAGCCAUUGUGACUGGUCCCAUCUACGCCGACUGGUUGAACCUAAGGGCUCGCUAGCACACCGGAUCGCGCAGCAGCUGACGGCGCUGCAUGAAGUUGACCUUUGCUCGACUCACGAGUUCCCGACUAUCUACAAGCACGACGAACGAGCCAUGAUACACUUCUUGGAGACCAUCCCCUCCAUGCUCGACUCCAUCACGGUGCCCAACUUUGCGUCUCUCAGCACUACCCCCAUCAUUAGACACGGAUCCCGUCUGCGCAGUCUAGAACUUGUCUGUCCCGUGCCUUACUGCCCUGGGCCGCCUGAAUCUCGAUGGACCGAGGGCAUAGCCGGCAUUCAAGCCCUCACGGAGCUCCGAGACGGACUCCCACGGCUCGAACAUCUCAGCAUUCACCUUGCCGCCGACGGCAACGACUGGUCGUACCCCACGCUAGACAUAGUAGCUGGUUUUCCGCGCCUACGGUCGGUCAAAUUCAACACCGCCUUGGCCGUUCCCCGGAGCGACGUCGACGCCCCGGCACCUCCACAUGUCACCGCAGCAUCCGCCGAAUCUCUCUUGCGCUACAUGCGUGAGCGCUCGACCACCGAGCCGCCGUCUCUGCAGCGGUUGCAUCUUGUCUCCGACAAUGGGUGGAGUGACCAAGGUGGCGUAUCCCCGGCCAGGGCUAACGCGACGGGCAUCGUCUGCCAGGUUAGCCACGACGAUCGCGACUGGACAGUGACGUGCACCAAGCUAGGCGAGGCGCUCAACGAAAAGCUGCGGCGCGUCGUCAGAGCUGGCGAGGCACCUUCGCCCGCGGACAUGGCCAGGAUUGACUUUAAGGUUGCGCUGGAAGGGCCGAUAUCCAGUUCAGUGUAUUGGGACAUGCAGAAAUCUGACCCGGGUCCGCACGGCGCCUUGUUUGGCUAACGGAUCCUUCUGCUUUCUAUGGUAUAUAGGUAGUGAGCCGGUGUCAUACACGGCAAGCAGAAGGAUCAAGGCUGCGUUGUAUGCUCUACUGUAUUGUCAAGACGCCGCAUCUCGUAUCAGUACCACACUGACCGCGAAUC